GACGCCAAAUGAACAAAAUCAACACCAAGUCCUCCUUCGCACUGGUAUCAAUCUUAUCAAGAACCACAAAAUCUACGCUGAGAAGGCUGUUUUAUUGUCUACACAUUAGAAAACCACUCUCAGAUUCCAGGUUGUGUUUACACAACAUAAUUUUCUCUCGAUUUCUAAAAUCCUCUCUCUCCUAUUGUUACAUUGCCUUUCAAACCCUCAGAAUUUCCUUGGUGAUUAUUCCAUCACCAGAACACUCACCAUGUGCCCAAGCUCUUCUCAACCUACCACUACUGCGACGACACAAAAGCCUGCUACAUCUACAGCAUACCAAAUCAUCGCAGAUCCCGCAAGGCAGAAGAAACGAGAUUGUUCGAAAUCUACAAAAAAAGAUUUGAUUUUCGAAUAUACGAUUCAUGGUGGACAUUCGCUUGAAGAGGGUAUCAAGGAGCUGGGAGAUGGAACAAGCAUGGUUGUUCUUUAUAAGCCAGCUAAGCAGGAACGGGAGCAGGAGAUGACUGGACAGGUAUAGAAUAUAAGGGGAUCCACAAAGAUGAGGUGGUGUAGAGAUUGUUUGUGGGUGGUGUUUGGGAGUUAUAGCAACUAUACUGAGUGUCAAGAGGGAAGAUAACAUUGCUCCUUUCAAACCAGCAGAAAGAAUUAUGCCCAAGAUACAGAAUUUGCUGAAAAUCAUCUGUGGUGGCGAUAAAAGUCAUAUCUUGUGACACCAAGGACGAUGAAUAUGCAAAAUGUAUACAUACCUCGUAUAAAUCAGCUCA